AGUCGCACUCCUACAUUAUGGACUAUUUUGUGCAGAUUCAUUACAUAUAAUCCCAAUUAAGUCCAUUUCAGUUGUAGUUUGUUGGACAACAAAAUGUGGAUAAGUUCAAGGGGGUGAAUACUUGAGCAAGGCACUGUACCUGUCUGCCAUAAAUUGGUGGAUUAUCUACCUCUUGUGUGAAAAAUUAUAUGCAGUUGAUGGCAGUCUGGAAAAACUAGACUUACUUAGUGUUGUUUUCCUAGAAAUGUUGUGAUAGGACUAUUAAUAAUUGACAAUUAUUUUGCACAGAUGAUGUCAGCAGUGGGUCAACAUUUAUAGCUAUUGUGAUAAGAAAGGCUUUAAAUUAUGUAAAAUUAUACUUCUACUUGCUGAUACCAGGUUUAGGUUCAAAGUCUAAGACUAUGGACCUGCUAUAUUAUUAGUGAUAUCUAUUUAGGGCAAAGAACAACAACUUAAUAUUUAAACCUGUGCAUAUCUUAAACAGGUUCAGUGUGCUAACUGCACAUGCUGCAUGAAACCUGACUAUCCCGCUCAAUAUUUUAUCAAUUGGAGACAUGUUAAAAUUUGUAUUGCUACUCUUUGCUGUGGCUGGCUUUAAUGCUAGACCUUUGCAAUAUAAUCCUCUUCAAAAUGGUGUAUGGGUCAUUGGACUCCCACAACUGGUACAAGAUGGACAAGAAUACAUGGCGAUAUCUGGGCCUGAUGAACACCAAAGACAGGACACAAAGUCUGAACCUCAGUGGGAAGUUGUUCUUGCUCCAGAGCAUACAGAGAUGCGAGAUGAUGUGAACCAGAAAGUUGCUCCCAUUGAGGAGCACAGACAAGGCACUGAACCAUCUAGGCGCUUUGUGGUGGACCUGAACACGGGCUUGCUAAAGGAAUACAUCAGUGAGAUGGACAGGGGAGCUGAAGGUUUCUACAAUCCUACAUUCAAUUCUCAGUUCAGACAGGGCACUCAGAACUCUCAGGUAACUCUGGUGGACACUAGAACAGGGCAGCAGUUGCCUCAGCUUUCAGAGAUGCAGAGGAGAGCAGCACCAUUGUCUCAGUUCAGACAAGGUACAGAGUACAGUGAGGCAACCUUGAUGGAACUCAGGAAGCACCAGAUGAUGAAGAGAAUGGAGAAAGCCAAAGUUAACAAACAGGAAACCACCCACAAAGCAGCUCUACCUGAGCUUCGCAGACAAGGAACAGAACCUUCUAGACGCUUUCUUGUGAACCCAAACACUGGAUUAGUAAAGGAGCACGUCAGUGAGAUGGAAAGAAGAGUUUCAGGCUUUUACAAUCCUGCAUCCAAUUCUGAGUUCAGACAGGGCACUCAGAACUCUCAGGUAACUCUGGUGGACAUUAGAACAGGACAGCAGUUACCUCAGCUAUCGGAGAUGCAGAGGAGGGCAGCACCAUUGUCUCAGUUCAGACAAGGUACAGAGUACAGUGAGGCAACCUUGAUGGAACUCAGGAAGCACCAGAUGAUGAAGAGAAUGGAUAAAGCCAAAGUUAACAAACAGGAAACCACCCACAAAGCAGCUCUACCUGAGCUUCGCAGACAAGGAACAGAACCUUCUAGACGCUUUCUUGUGAACCCAAACACUGGAUUAGUAAAGGAGCACGUCAGUGAGAUGGAAAGAAGAGUUUCAGGCUUUUACAAUCCUGCAUCCAAUUCUGAGUUCAGACAGGGCACUCAGAACUCUCAGGUAACUCUGGUGGACAUUAGAACAGGACAGCAGUUACCUCAGCUUUCAGAGAUGCAGAGGAGAGCAGCACCAUAUUCAGGUUUCAGACAAGGCACUGAGUACAAUUUGGUGACCUUAAUGAAUCUCAGGGAUGAACAGAUGAUGGCCAAAGUUGCUAAAGAUAAAAUCCUACACACUGUACAGGACAUGGAAACCAAUGAGGUGUUCCCUGAGUUCAAACGUGGCAUUGGAUAUUCACAAGCCCAAAGACAACGCAUCAUGGAGCCACUUCGUUUCCAAGCUCUAGAAAGUAAUGAAGUGGCUAUUUCUUCCCCCAUGGAGGAUUUCAGCUAUGGUAUGGAAAAAAGCCAUGCCAAUAUAAUAGGCAGACGAUUCAUGGAGCCUUCUUAUGGGAAGCAAAGUGAUGAAGUUGCUACCUGUCAAGGAGUCGUUAUUGAUGGCAAAUGCUACAUUUUCAAUCUUAAAAUUACAGACCUUCCAUGAAACUGAAGCUGUUCAGAAUUGAUGAAAGCUGGUGGACAGCAGUAGACCGUGGCCAUUUUUUCAUAUCCUGUGACAGUGUAAAAAAUAAAACCGUCUGUCAUAUUAAAAGAUGAUACACUGGCCUGCUAACUAUAAAGAGGAUGUGUUUUGUCUGAAAGGAAUUUGCAAUCUGUUAAUGUUUUUCACAACAAUAAAGAACAUUGAGCAUUUACAAUUAUGUGUUUUUUUUUUUGUUUGUUUGUUUUUUUUUACAUGUUUGCUACCUCAAUUAGUAUAAAAUGUCUUGCAAAAUAUGAAAAGCCAUUUCAUUUUCAAUACCCAGCAUCACUUUAGACUUUCAAUGUAAGUUUGAGUCUUAAAAUGUGCUGCUUGUUCUAGAACAGCUCAUUUCAGGGGAGAGAAGGUAUAUAGUAUAUAACACAAUAUCACAUCUGUGGUUACUGUUGCUGGAGUGUAUCCCAGACAUAAAUCUGUUCCAUCAUUUACUGAAAACAUUCAGCACAAGAUAGUAACAGCAAAUAGGUCAACCUAAAGUCCACAGAGACUAUACAGCAGGUUACCUGACUGUUCUCUUCCUAU